GUUUCCCUCCGGAAGCAGACGUGGCCGGCUCCCUCGGUCUGAGGCGAGGAGGGAUGAAGCGGCGAAGGCAGGAGGGGAGGCCUCGGGGCGCGGCCGGGGCGCUGGGGCGGCUCUUGCUGCUGUGGGGAUUGCUGGAGGGGAAGAAGGCCGCGGCCGGGGGAGGAGGAGGCGGAGGCCGUUCGCUCCCUCAGUUCAGCGAUGAGGUCCCCUUCCGCGUCAACUGGCCCGGAAGCCAAGUCAGCCUGCCUACUGCAGGGGUUUUGUACAAAGAAGAUCAUUACAUCAUCAUGACAACAUCGGAGAAAGAGAGAUACAAGUGCAUCCUUCCAGUAUUAGCAAAUGGAGAUGAGGAGGAAGAUAAAGAUUACAAAGGACCUACCCCUGCAGAAUUGUUGGAACCUCUAUUCAAACAAAGCAGCUGUUCUUAUAGGAUUGAAUCAUAUUGGACUUACGAAGUCUGUCACGGAAAACACAUUCGUCAGUAUCAUGAAGAGAAAGAAACGGGGCAGAAAAUAAAUAUUCAAGAAUACUAUCUUGGAAAUAUGCUACGGAAGAGUCCUCUGCUUGAUCCAGAGCAAGAAGAGAAAGAAAAUGAGAACGACAGUGUCAAAGAAAUUCCAACAAAAAAUAUAGAAGGGCAGAUGACUCCAUAUUACCCCAUAGGGAUGGGAAAUGGGACACCUUGCAGCUUAAGGCAAAACCUGCCCAGAUCAAGUUCAGUGAUGUACAUCUGCCACCCAGAAGCAAAGCAUGAGAUCCUUUCUGUGGCUGAAGUUACCACAUGUGAAUAUGAAGUGGUUGUUUUGACCCCACUGCUAUGCAGUCAUCCUAAAUACAGGUUUAGGGCUUCCCCUGUGAAUGACAUAUUCUGCCAAUCACUGCCAGGAUCUCCACUUAAGCCCCAUAAACUGGAGCAGCUGGAACAGCAGCAAGAAAUGAUGAAGAUGCCUUUCAGGAGAGCGAAGGAGGAAGAAAUUAAUGCAGCAAAAGAAGAGAAAUUUUCUUCCUUCCACAAGCCAGUUGCCGUUGGAAUCCCGCAGCUGUUAACAGUUGGAACAACACACAUCUCCAAACUGACUGAUGACCAGCUCAUAAAAGAGUUCCUUAGUGGAUCUUAUUGCUUCCAUGGGGGUGUUGGUUGGUGGAGAUAUGAAUUCUGCUACGGCAAGUAUGUACAUCAAUACCACAAGGAUAAAGAAAAUGGCAAAACAACAAUAGUUGUGGGCACGUGGAACAAGGAGGAGCACCUUGAUUGGGCGCAGAAAAACGUGGCUAGAACGUAUCAUCUCAAAGAUGAUGGCCUGCAAUCAGUGAAAAUGGUGUCCCACUAUUAUGGAAACGGAGAUGUUUGCGAUUUAACCGACAAACCUCGACAGGUGACAGUGAAAUUGAAGUGCAAGGAAUCGGAUUCUCCUCAUGCUGUAACGGUUUAUAUGCUGGAACCACACUCCUGUCAAUAUAUCCUUGGGGUGGAAUCGCCAGUCAUCUGCAAAAUUUUGGAUACAUCAGACGAAUAUGGACUCCUUUCAGUGCCCAGUUAAUAAAUAGUACAAGGAUUUCACUUGACGUUCCAAGACACUGAAAGCUGAAAGGUCGCUCCGGUUGAGCUUCUCCACAUCAACCCACAGAUGCUGAGCCAAGGAAAAACUCACCAGCAGAUCCCUAUAUAAAAGCAACGAGCGAUCACGGACUCCUUUGUGAAUAUUAUAUGUAUAUAAGAGGUUAUUGAUAAACUUUUAAAAAAUAAAAAAAUACCUUUAACUUUU